GUGGAAGCGAGACCCGCCGGCCGGCUCUGCAGCUGGGAGCGGGCUGCCCUGGGGUAGUCGGGCGCUCGGAACGGUGGCAGGGGGCUUCUCAGCGCGGCUCGGUCUUUCCCGGGAGGGAGCGAUGGGGCGCGCGGGCGCCGGGGAGCUAGCGCCGGUAUAGACCGUGCGGGGCCCGGCUCGGGAGUGCGGGGAGGCCUGUGAGGGCCACCGCCCCGAGCGCCCGGCCUCCCGCCAUGGCCCCCAUGGGCAUCCGCCUGUCCCCGCUGGGGGUGGCCGUGUUCUGCCUGCUGGGGCUCGGCGUGCUCUACCACCUCUAUUCGGGCUUCCUGGCCGGCCGCUUCAGCCUUUUCGGCCUGGGCGGCGAGCCGGGCGGCGGGGCGGCGGGGCCCGCGGCCUCGGCCGACGGGGGCACGGUGGACCUGCGCGAGAUGCUGGCCGUGUCGGUCCUGGCGGCCGUGCGCGGCGGCGAGGAGGUGCGGCGCGUACGCGAGAGCAACGUUCUCCACGAGAAGUCCAAGGGGAAGACGCGCGAGGGGGCGGACGACAAGAUGACCAGCGGGGACGUGCUGUCCAACCGCAAGAUGUUCUACCUGCUCAAGACCGCCUUCCCCAGCGUGCAGAUCAAUACGGAGGAACAUGUGGAUGCAGCUGAUCAGGAGGUGAUCUUGUGGGAUCGGAAGAUUCCUGAGGACAUCCUAAAGGAAAUAGCCACUCCCCAGGAGGUGCCGGCAGAGAGCGUCACCGUCUGGAUUGACCCACUGGAUGCCACGCAGGAAUACACGGAGGAUCUUCGGAAGUAUGUUACUACUAUGGUGUGUGUGGCUGUAAAUGGUAAACCUGUGCUAGGAGUAAUACAUAAGCCAUUUUCUGAAUAUACAGCCUGGGCGAUGGUAGACGGUGGGUCAAAUGUGAAAGCCCGCACUUCUUACAAUGAGAAGACCCCAAGGAUUGUCGUGUCUCGCUCGCAUUCAGGAAUGGUCAAACAGGUGGCUCUUCAGACGUUUGGAAACCAGACUACGAUCAUCCCAGCGGGUGGAGCUGGUUAUAAAGUUUUAGCGCUCUUGGAUGUGCCUGAUAAGAGUCAAGAAAAAGCUGAUCUAUAUAUCCAUGUGACAUACAUCAAAAAGUGGGACAUCUGUGCUGGCAACGCCAUCUUGAAAGCCCUCGGGGGGCACAUGACCACCCUGAGCGGUGAAGAAAUUAGCUACACUGGUUCCGACGGCAUUGAAGGGGGGCUCCUGGCCAGCAUCAGGAUGAACCACCAGGCUCUGGUCAGGAAGCUCCCGGACCUGGAGAAGACGGGACAUAAGUAAGCCAAGCUGACGACAGGUGACAGCCCACCCUGAGCCGAACGGUCGGCCUGACGUGCUGAGGCCUCAAAGCAGCGGUGGAGACUGUGCAUGGUUUAGGCCGUCCCGAACUUUUUAAAGUAUUUAUGAAGCAUCUGAGACUUCUUUUCCCUGUAAUAGGAUGCAGGAUCAGGGAGAAUGGGUUGCUUCGUGUCUCAAGUAUUGUCUUUAUUUUUGAGACUAUUUUCGUAUGGUUGUCAUAUACAAGGCGCAUAUAUAUAUAUUUGUGAAUUAAAAUCUAUAGCUGAGUCUACAUUGUUAUGAGUCACCAUUUUCACACAAUAUCAUGAAUCUUCAGUUUGUUAAUACUUUCAUAUAGAAUUGGGCUGAAGAAAGGAUUGUUUUGUGUAGGUGUUUAAUACUACUAUACAGUUAUAUCUCAUUGAAAAUAAAAUAAUUGGGGGUUUUUACCCCUAAUUCAGAUAGAAAGCACAAGAAGCUGCAAAUUCAUUAAUAUGCAACAAGUUCUCUGUUAUCGAAUAUUUCUUAUGGAUUAAAAUAGAAAAAGCUUAAAUUGUUUUUUUCUUUGAAAUUUUAAUAACAGAUUCACCAGCUAGUAGAGAAUAUGGAUAUAUGAUGGUUGCAUUGUAAUUUCUAUGUGUGUGUAUAUUCUGUUUCAUUUUGGUUUGUUUUUAUAGAGACGUGUAUUUGUACCUAUGGGUUCAACAUUUCUGUCAUCUUGAUGAUCAGUUUCACUUGUCCUGUGGACGGUGCAUGGUUCUGUCCUUUCCCUCCUGACCCACAUUUAAUCUUUAACUUGUAAGGUUUGGAUUAAGGUUUCAGGGUUUAACGUUAGAAUUUUGGUACUUUUUCUCAUUAGGGGUAAAAUAUGCUAUAAGGCGUUAUAAAAAUAUAAUGUUAUUCUGUUAUUAACUGAGAGUUAUUUGAAGUUACGUGAAUUGAACUAGCCUUCAUUAUUUUUAAAAGCCUUGUUUUAGUACUUUUUAAAAAAUUUGCCAUGUCUGUAGAGAUUCCCUCAUUAUCAAGAGUGAGUUAAGGUGGCUUUUGCCAUUAAUAAAUGGAUCUAAUCUUACCAAGCUCUCAAAGUAGUAACCUGAGAUACUUUGUAUUUUCCCUUCGGGUUAAAAAAAUGAUGAUUGAUCUUGCUUUUUGAUGAAUUUUUUUCCUAUUCAGGUAUGCACAAUCUGUUUGGAAAAGGUGACAUAUUUGCAGUGUCACUGUAAUUCGAACUUUGUCUUGUGAGCCGUCUCUCAUUGGGAUGUCUGAUUUCUCUCAGCGUGAUAGUCAGAAACUUCACUUCAACAGUACCGUCAUUUCACAUGACCUUGCCAUGGUUUUGUUCCAUAACACACUGAUAAGGAGAGGGUUUUCUUAGGGUUUCAUGGUUUCCUUUUUUCUUCUCGUCUCUGUCUCUCUUUAACCCUAGAUCAGUUUUUAACCCUUGGUCAACUUUCCACUUAUUUUCUUGUCUUGGAGAUAAAGUUGACCAAAGGAAGGGCAGGCAUCCUCACCGGGUGGAAUGUGCUUACAACUUUAGGCUUGCAGAUCACACCGUCUGAGGUCCUUACUGCUCGUUGGGGAAUCAGCCCUAGUGUGAUACACACAUUGCCUUUACCCAGUAACCAGCCACCAGUCCUGCAGGGGAGUGGGCAUCAACAGCUAGGGUUUUAUUCAUCAGAAUUCAUUCCAAGUUUUAGCAGUUGAAGUACCUGGUGUUUAACCAGGACUUUUAGGAAUUCUGAGCCAACUGUCAGUGGCUUCAUCUUUUUACUUUGCAAUGAGAUGAGGAGAUCUUUUUCCUCGGGAGAGACAGCAGAGGCAUAUGCCGUUUCCAGAGUCCUGUGGUGUAAGUGUGUGUUCUAAUUGUGAUGUGUCAAAUUUCAGGGAAAGAGACUAGGAUAUUAGGAAAUGGGACUAGUUCAUAUUAGCAGGCAUGGUGUUUUGGCUUUAGUUUUUAAUUUUAUUAAACCACACAUAGAUAAUGACUUUGUGGAAAGCUUGUGUCAUGUGCAAAAAUUAGGAUACUGGCUGACAAAUGCAUUAUUUUUGUGAUUUGUUGAGUAUAGCAUAGUACUAAUGGUUUUAAGUGCUUUUAUAAGAAGUUCAUUUGAAAACAUUUCAUUUCUAAAAGUCAGUAUACAUUACAAAACUAACAUAAGUUCAAAGAACAGUAUUUAUUUAUGUAGGAUAUUGUGCCAGGACACACCCAUGAGAAACACCUUCUUGUGUGAGACAGAUAACAUCUCCCAUAAAUACAAGUAUUUUUAAAAUGUUUACUCUUAGUGACUCUCACCUACCCAACACCUGAUCUCCCUUUCCCUCAUCUUUGCCCUUAGAGGAUGGUUUUCCAUUAAAAUUGAGUUUUCUGCAUCAGUUAGUGAAAGUAGCACCAAUAAAUAACCUUAGGAUCCAUCAGCUGUCCCCUUCCUCUGCCCCUCUUUCUCUCCACCUUGUUCCAUGUCUCCCUAACUUGUUAAUAUAUGUUAUCUUAUUUCUACUUCUCUUUGUUAACUAAUAUACCCUUCCUCAACACUUAACCCUGGAAUUCUCAUAGACCUGUGUCUCUCUGAUUGGCUGCUGAAAUUUUAGGGCAGAACUGAGACUAGAAUUCCAGUGGGGGAGAUUAAUACUGACGGAGCCCAAGGUGACUAUUACUUUUUAAAGACUCCUCAAAAAGUAAAGGAAAGUAACCUUUAAAACCACAGAGUAACUGUCAAGAAUAACCCAAGGCUUCUGUCUUAAGCCUUUCUGACCCAUCCUUGGAAGAAUGAAAGUGCGGAAAAUACAAGUGCGUUGCCUGCUGGAGAAAGUUUGCUAUCUCUAUUAGUUUUCAUAAUUGAUCCCUACUUCAGUUGGGAUUAUAAGGACCACAAGACAUGUCCUAUUUAUCUUUGUUAUUCAGUUGUCCCCUUUCCCCAAUUUAAGUGUUUUUCUUUGUUUCUAAAUAUUGAGUUGUUUAUGGCCAUGUAAUGAAGUAAUAAGCUUCAUGUGGUUUGUGUGCUUUAAGUAGCAGUUGUGCAGAUUCUUCCUGUUUGCUGGGUGCUUCCUUUGAAUAUUGUGCAAAUUGAGUAGGGGCGGUGGCUGAGCAAAGAGCGGGAGGAGGAAAGGCGGGGGAAGGGGGAGGCCAGGCAAGCGCUGCCCUGUCUCAGGGUGUUUAAUUCAGAAAUUGGAUUUGACUCAGGCUUUGCAGGUGAUGACUGUCUCCCAUUGCCCAACGUAAGUAAAGAAAGCUGGCAUGCCACCCCCUCCCUAUUCCUCAGAAAAGAAAGUACCCAACUUGCCUCUCCUUGAUAACAGCUUGAAAAUGGCUUUCUGGAGACAGUCUUAAGCAGGUUUAAAACGGGAACUGUUUAGAAUCUAGCCACAACCACUCACCUUGGCUGUGUGUCGAUUGGUUGUGAGUAGAAGCAACGAUAUUUCAUUUUGGUUUAAUUUAAGACUUAUUUGUUUUUAGCGUAUGCCUAAAAACGUCUGCCUUGUAACUUGUAUAAAAUAAAUUGAUGGUUUCAUUUUUAUUCUAAAAAAAAGUUGUGCCUUAACAAUAGGGCAUUGUAUGUUAAUAAGGGAAAACAAAAAAAAUUUUUUAGUAGAUGGGGAAAACAGUAACUUUUGCCAUUAAAAUUUAAGUUCUUUUCAUGUUUUUAAUAUUAAAGUUGGGGAAAAUCAUUAAAGUUAAAUAAAAUUAAUAUAAAAUUAUUUUUGCAUAAUCUAGCAUUUACAACUGAAGUACUUUUUUAUAAGAACUGGCAUCUUGAUGUAUAUAAGUCUGAAAUGAUACAUAAUCCUUUGGUUUUUAAUUUGAGUUAAUAAGACCAUGAUUUUGAUUUUUAAUUUUACUUUUAAACCAUUUUAGUGUGCUAUUAUAUUUGUUCUAGAACUCCGAGUCACUUUGGUUUUAAAAGCUAGCUGUUUAUUUAUCAUACCAAGUCAGAAAUUUCUUAAUGUUAAAAAAUACUGUAUGUUUGUGAUGUAACCAACCAGAACAGUUCCUAUAUUUGGGAGGGUUUGGAUUAACAUUUACUAAGAAGGCAAGAAGAAUUGAACUUUAUACUUCAAAAGGAGGUUUUUGGUUUUAUGAGGUGCUGGUCAUAAAACUUGUUUUCUUGUUUGUUUGUUUUUAAUUUUAUCAAAGCCAGGCAGGUGUUUGCAUUCUAAUUUACUAUUGAUAAAGGCUUACAGGGAAGCCACUUUUUAAAAUUAUUUUUUAAAAUGAGUAAUGAAUUAUGUGGGAAAAUGAGAUUUAUAAAUACUAGUUUUCCUUUGAGAUAAUAUAAAUCAAACUUUCAUAAGUUAAGGGUGAUACAUAAUAUCAUAACAUGUAUACUGUGUUUGUAAGUGUUCCCUAAAGUAUUACAUUCAGGUAAUUUGUGUAAAUUGCAAAAGCAGAAACUGUGAUGUUCGGUUAGUAGUAUGUUGUGUUAGAAUUCUUUGGGGGAUGUAUGUUAUAUACAUAGUUGACUGUUACGCAGUUGCUCCUCUUGUAUUGAGUAGGAGAUACAGCAUCUCAAGUCAUUUUUAGAUCAGUUAGCCUUCAGAGAGACUUCUCCUCUCUUCCCCAAUUAUCUCUUCCAAGCCGUCUUCAUCAUCUGUGUUCAGUUACGGUGGAAUUGUUUAUUGACGUUAAUUUAUGUGUAAAAUACGGACUUGAGUGUCCUUUGUACUCUUGCAUCCACCGUUGGCAGUAGCCAAAGCUAGCUUCAUAGUCUUAACAGGAGAGACAGCAUUCUGCCAUAGUGAACUGUGGUGCUGCCAGAGGGAUUUUUCCCCCCUUUCAAUGGUUUUACUUAAGUUCCUCGAUAAGCAGUUGAGUUUACAUUAAAACAAAGAAAUGGUAUAUCUUGUCUAUGUCCUGCCUCUUCCAAAUUGGAUUUUUUUUUUUAAUAAUUUUUCACUUCCUUAUCAAUCUCUUAUAGGGGGCUAAUGAUGAGAGGGGUUAAAAUAAAACUGCCUACCCUCUCACACAUGGAAGGCUGUGGAGGAGCGAGACCAUUCCUGUUGCCAAGACAUGCUUCAACACUAGAGUUCUCUUUGCUCACCAUGCAACCCCUGCCUCAAGCAUAUCACCUAAUUUAAGAGGGUCCCGGCUUCAGCCUCUACUGCGAAGUAGAGGUAAGCCCUCCUCCUUCCAGUUUUUUUGAGCAGUUUUCUGGCACCUCCCUUGUUGCCCUCAUUUUUACAUGGGUUGUUGUAAACUUUUUAAGAACAGGGAUUACAUCUUGGUGAUUUUUGUAUUUCCACCUCGACCCCGGCAGCUAGCCCAGUAUCUGGAAAAAAUUAGGUGCUUCAUGUAUGUCAAACUAAGUGGAAUAAAGGAUUUCUACUAGCAUCAGUGUUUCUCAUGCCUCAGUUGUGUAAGCUGCUUGUUGGUUUCCUCUGCGGAUAUGUGUGUUUAUCACCCAUACACCCUAAGUUAUUUUUUAAAGUUUUGUUUUCUUGCCUUCCAAUACUACCCCAUGGCCAGUUAGCUCUAGAAAAAUGUAGCUGCCUCUGAAUGAAAUGAUUAUCCCAAACUCUGCCCCUGGAUAUACUUUGCCAAACUGAAAUUUGAAUUUUCUGAAUAAAUUGGUCAUGUCUGAAA